AUGAAGCUAUUUAUGGAUAUGUUGGUACAACUUUGCGAAUUUCCAUUUAACUACACUGAUAUUUCAACGAAUAAUCGAUUCUCUCGAUCAGACCUGCAUGAAUUGCUUCGAUCAAAUGGAUUAGAUAAUAAGGGGCUGUGGAAAUAUCUUUUCAGUACUUCUGGUUCUGGACCUGGAGAUGAGUUGAAUUCCUGGUUUGGUUUAAUCUAUGAAGCCGGGUCAUUGGAAUGGAGUCAGAACACAGAUGCUAGCAAUGACGCAUGUCGAAGAGCAUACGUUAUACCCGAAUGCGUAAAAGCAAUUUCUACUCGUCAUUACUUAAUUGAAGAAUCUGGGGAUCUAUUUACUGUUAAUCUGCAAAAUUGGUCGGAUUUUUACAACUUGGUAAAGGUUCCUUACUCUUCACCCUUUGCGUUCAUUAGCUAUUGGCCGCUAACUAUGUAUCAUAUACUCAGGACAUUUUUCGAAAGAAAUGAUCAACUAGUUCAUAGAUUUCUGGAAAAGAAAACUCUUCAAAUUCAUUUGAUUGGUGUUGAAACAGAAUUGGAUUUGCUUCCGGUAUUUAAGCAAUUAGAUGAUUUAAUAUCUCCAAACAUUGAGCGUAUUACAAUCAAAAUGAUUGGACCUAACAUAUCCCCUCGAGCAUCUUAUAAAACGUGGUUGCUCAGUUCUCGUAUGUCUAUAUUUGUCUGGCGUGGAGUCUACCAUGAUUUUAUGGAAGAGUAUAAGGUCUACCCGGAGCUUACUUUUGCCGAUGUAGUGAUUGGUUUCAAUGUAGGAUUUAUAGCGUAUCCAACUUGGAAACAGACUCUUGAGUUGCUAAAGAACUUGAAGUUGCCAGCAUUCUUUACUGACUCGUGUCCUUAUUCAUGUAUGUGGAACCUCAAAACUUUACAGUCGUUGGGCUUGUGCCCUGAAUUUGAUAUUGACAAUGCAGAGAAGUCUCUUUCGUUGGUUAGUAUAAAUCCAUUUCGAAGUCCUUUGAGAAUUUUGGACGAAGGCACUUGUUGGCCGAAGUUUAACAAUGCUUUCAUUUUUUCAAUAAAUGUAUGA